GCUUCACAGCAGUGCCGGCUUUUCAAAAUCACAUUUCUAAGGGGUGGGAGUGCAGCUCAGAUCGGUCAAGUGCCCGAAGAUGUCGUUGUACCACGAGACAGCCGAGAUCCUGUCUCAGCCGUCAUCGACAGGCGGCAACCUCAAAACCCGCAUCUUCAGCAACAAGUCCCUGAAGGCGCCCCAGCAGCAGAUAUAUGCCCUCGCCCUCGAGUCCUGCAAAUGGAGUGCAGUGCUCAAGGAGGUCAUCGAAGCGGCCGACCUGCUACGGCAUGAGCGCAAGCUCUCUCCGGUGCUGGCGUUGCUGCUCGUCCAUGACUUCCUCAUCUCAAAAGGUGGGAUCGCUUUGCCUGCCACUCAUGGACUCCGCGCCUCCAUAGAGCGCCACAAGGCCCGCCUGAGCUCAGAACUCACCCGCGCCAGGAUACGAAGGAGGGCCGCCAGCCUUGAGCAGCUCCGAGACCAGGUCACGGCUGAGUACCUGGAGGCCACGGGCGCAUACCCCCGCUGGGUCCGGGUCAACACCAUCAGGUCAACGCUUGAGGAUCAGCUCGACACGACGUUCAAGAGCUUCAACAGGGUUCAAACCAUCAAAGAGGUCACUUCCACUCCAGGUCGAAAUCUAUACCUCGAUGCCCACGUCCCCAACCUCGUGGCCAUUUCCCCAGCCUUCGAGGUCCACAAGACAGACGCGUACAAAAACGGCGAGAUCAUCUUGCAGGACAAGGCAUCAUGUUUCCCAGCAUACCUCCUCGACCCCCUCAUGGGCGACGUGAUUGACUCGUGCUCAGCCCCAGGCAACAAGACGACCCACGUCGCAGCCAUCGUCAACAGCCGUGUCGCCGAGGGCGAGGAGUGCAUACAGAAAGUAUUCGCGUUUGAGAAGGACAAGUACCGCUCACGCACGCUGGAGAAGAUGGUCCGCAUCGCAGGCGGCGACGGGAUCGUGCGAAUGAGCUUCGGGCAGGACUUUCUCAAGGUCGACCCGUUCUCGCCGCUCUACAACAACGUCACUUGUCUGCUGCUCGAUCCGAGUUGUUCUGGCAGCGGCAUCGUUGGCAGGGACAGCAUGCCCACAGUACACCUGCCACAAAGUCCGAACGGCACUGCCAGCAAAAACAACAGCAAGCCAUCCUCGAAACCACAAAACACACCACCUAGCACAGGCAAUAAUAAGAAGCGCAAGCGUGAAGAAAAGACCGACAGGAUUUCCACGAAAGAAGCCGCCGCCCAGCAAGAAGUAGAGCAGCGCACCAUGGUCGACGACGACGGCAAGGAGACCGUCAUCUCGUCCGAACAGGAGCUCCAAAAGCGCCUCGAGUCUCUGUCUGGGUUCCAGCUCGUCCUGAUCCUGCACGCGCUCGAGUUCCCCGCGGCCCGCCGCGUCACGUACUCGACGUGCUCCGUGCACCGCGAGGAGAACGAGGACGUGGUGCACAAGGUCCUGCAGUCUGAGGUCGCGCGGAGGCGCGGGUGGCGGGUUAUGCGGCGCGACGAGCAAGUCAUGGGGAUGCGCGAGUGGCCUGUCCGCGGUGUCGAGACGGGCAACGCCAGCGGCAGCGGCCGGGGUGAUACCGACAAGAUCAUCGCGGACGCGUGCAUACGCUCCUAUAAGGACGAUGGGCAUGGCGUGAUGGGCUUCUUCGUGGCUGGGUUCGUCCGUGACGAGGACGGCGGAGAGGCGGAGGCGGCGAGCCUUGACGAUGGCCCGUACGUACGUGACGACAAUGGACGUAUCGUACGGGAUAUGGCUGGCAUGCCGACACUCAAGAGCAGCGAGGCCACCACCCAAGAGCUUCCAACGAGGGGGGCUAACGGGGAAAACAAGCCGCCAUCUAGCAAGGCAGCAAAUGCAGACCAAGCCAAUGAGUCAAGCUCAGAAGACAGCAGCGAUGGUAGCGACAGCGACACCAACGAGGAAGAGGGGGACGGCGAAGAUGAAGAAGAGUGGACGGGUUUCGACUAGGAUCGAGGAACACCAUUCAACCACGGGAAUCACUUGGACACGAACUGAGGCAAAGCAUAGACUAGCAACGCAGAACAAAGACCAAGUCUUCACACACAUCCCGCCUUGGAACUUACCCGAAGAUCCCAGUCCGAAAGAGGGUAUGAACAGGCCACAAGCUCCGACUCCAAAGCCUGUGAUCUCAAGACGGAAAAAUCACCUGGAUACUGUUCAGAUAGACCAGGACAUCUUGUAGAUAUAUCUCAACGAAGAAAUGCCGGAAUAUAUGCUGGUGCUCUUGAUGAAGAU